ACGCUUUGGUGAAUAAGCCCGUUACAAUGUCCUAAUAAAACUCUGUAGCUGGCAUUACUAAAUGCCCACCAAUAGAAACACAUUUACACUAUCAUUGGCAGUCAAACAAAAUACAGCAUAAAGUCUAGGAAGUAAUCAAUGCAGGCAAAGGUCGAACAAGCACGCCCUGUUCAUAUUCCGCACAGUGUUGUUUUGACACACAGUCGUAUCUACAUUAUGCAUAUAAACUUUAACUCAGACAUUCUUGCAGUUGAGUACACGGCAUGUAACCAGGAAAAAGAACGCAUUUAUUUCAUUUUGGCUGGAAUAGACCAUGGCACUGCAUCAUCGACUCAGCCCGUGGCAAAGAAUCUUACUGGGGAUACUUUGUUUCCCAGCUCUCCCUAUCUACCUGUGUGUCUACUACCUGUGCCUCAAAAAACGUGCUGAGGAAAGUGGUCUCGAGGAAGGUUUGCAAAGUACCAGCUUACAGACAAAUGAAGACAAAAUAAACGUUAACAAUGUUGCAAUAAGGAAAGAUAAGAGCAAUAGUCAAAAGACCAGCACAAAGCAAUAUGACACACCAGCUCAAAACAUAGACAACAGAGUCCUUCAGGAGAGAACAAAGCAAGAAGACAAACGUCCAACAACCUUUAAAUAUCCCUGGGACGGUGUAAAUCUGAAGUCUCUUAAGCUGGAUCUGAGAAAUUUUCAGACUCUGGAUAGCUACGCCACAAAGGUGUUUGCUGUUGGGACACUUGAAGCUUUGAUAAAAGAUCUUCUUCGCGACACUUCGUCAGAUUUGGAAAAAACGCGCGUUAUUUGGAUAUGGCUCUGUUACCAUAUAGAAUAUGAUACAGCAGCAUUCAGAAAUAAGGCCCUGCAUUCGUCUGACGCAGAGCAGAUAUUUCGUACCAAGAAGGGUGUGUCUGCUGGCUACUCUUCUCUCUUUCAACAUAUGUGCAGCAUUGCUGGUGUGCAGUGUAAAUCGGUGAGUGGUUAUGCAAAGGGUACAGGAUAUAAGGGGGGACAGAAGAUAUCUGGAGAAAUCGAACACACCUGGAACAUGCUCUAUUUGGAAGGAGGAUGGCACUUAGUGGACACCACAUGGGGAGCUGGUCAUACUGACGAGCACAUGAGCAAGUUUACCUUUCAGUAUAAUGAGUUUUAUUUCUUGACGCACCCAGCACUCUUUAUUGAAAGCCAUUUCCCAGAGAAGGAAGAUUUGCAAUUAUUGGAGCUGCCUCUGUCUUUAACACAAUUUGAGCAAAGUGUGCACCGCCGAAGUCAUUUCUAUAAUUUAGGAUUUAAAUCUUCACAGCCUGACACAGCAGUUAUUGAAACAGAGAACGGAUUAGUCUCUAUCACCAUAGAGAGCAAGAACCGUAUGCAAUUUCUCUUUCAUCUAAAUGAAACAGAAGAACCAGGUUUGAUGAAGUUUAAUGGAAACAAUGCAACAUUUGACGUUUAUCCCCAGAAGAUUGGACAACAUACCUUGCACAUUUUUUCCAAGGCAUUAGACUCAAAAGAAGCAUACCACUUAAUUUUGGAUUACAGUGUGUAUUGUAACUAUGUGCCUGCCUCAAUGAAGAUUCCAAAGUGUCUUAGUAACCCAGCUGGACCGAGUUGGGUAUCAGAGAAUGCAGGACUCCUUCAGCCCUCUCAUCCAGAACCCAUUAUAUACACAGAUGAUGGAUGUUGCACGGUCAGAUUUUCUCUAAACGGGAUAUUUAAGCUCAUUACCUGUUUAAAAUCUGAUGAAAUUAAAAACCUACCAAAUCAUAUCAUACAAAAAGUGCAAGACCACAAACUUGAACUUAGCAUUCGACUCCCAAAGUCUGGGUUUUAUGUGCUACAGAUAUUUGUUGAGCCUGUUGGUUUCAUCUGUAACUACCUCCUAAUAUGCUCUAGUCUAAAUGUGAAUUGGUCACCAUUCCCUGCUUUUCUUCAAAAUCCUGUAGGUCCAAAUCCAGAAACAGAAAAGGCUGGACUCCAUAAUCCCUCACAUACAGACCCAAUUAUUCACACAGAGGAUGGAUCCUGCACAGUUAGCUUCGAACUAAACAGGAUGCAGACACUCACAUUCAGCCUGAAAUCAGAUAAUGCACAUACUGUACUGAAUCGUGUAAUCCAGAAAACCCAGAAGGACAAAGUUGAGUUCAAUGUUCAUCUCCCACAUUCUGGAUCUUAUGUUCUCCGGAUAUUUAAUGAUUCCACUGGUUACAUCUGCAAUUAUCUUUUGACUUGUUCCAAUCCUAAAGUAAAGUGGCCUCCUUACCCUGCUCUUCUUCAUAACCCAGUUGGUCCAUCCCCAGAAUCAGAGAAUUUUGGACUCCUUCAACCCUCACACCCAGAUCCAGUGAUUAAUAUAGAGGAUGGAUGUUGUACGGUUAGCUUUAUAUUAAACAAGAUGCUAACACUUAUUGCAAGCUUAAAAUGUGAAGAAAUACCAACCUUAUCCAAUCAUAUAUUACAAACCAUACAAAAGGAUAGAGUUGAGUUUUUAAUACGCCUACCACGGGCUGGUUCUUAUGUACUCCAAAUUUUUGAAGGCUCCAGCAGAUAUAUCAUGAAUUAUCUCUUGACAUGCACUAAAACCAGUGUGAGCUGCCCUUCAUAUCCAUCAAUGCUUCAGAACCCAGUAGGUCCUAACCCAGAAACAGAGAAAGUCGGGCUGCUUCAGCCUUCACAUCCAGAUCCAAUAAUUAACACCCAGGAUGGUUGCUGCACUGUGACCUUUGCCGUGAAGAGGGAAUUCAUUUUCUUUUCUACUUUACAUUGUGAUGACCCACAAUUGGCAUCAGAAAUGAAGUACCGAUAUACCUUCCAUGCCAGAAAAGAGGAUAAAGUAGAAUUUAAAGUUCGCCUUCCGCAGUCAGGAACUUACGUUCUACGCAUAAACAUUAAAACUAAAAACAGUAACGCAUACACAUCUCAUUGUAACUAUCUUAUCAUCUGCUCAAAUCCCAGUGUUCAUUGGCCAGUUUUUCCUUUGGUAUAUGAUGAUUGGGCCCAGCACUAUCAGUUGGUGGAACCAUUAGAUGGAGUUCUACCAAAGAAUAGUACUGUGUCCUUCAAACUCCAGGUUCCAGAUGUGACUGGGCUCUCCGUGAAGGGGAAAAGUUACUGCCCUUUGACUCUCAGUGAACAAGGUUACUGGGAAGGGUCAUGUAGCACAGAGGACUGCAAGGAACUCUUUGUCACUGCCAGUUGUAAACAAGAGCCGGACACCUGGGUGUAUCUCUUACAAUAUCAGAUACAGUGAUAAAUAACAAAAUGGAUACACAAAUUAUGUCCGGAGAAGGACCAUAAAAAAUGACACCACUUUGACAGUUUACAUUAAUUUUUUGGCUAAAUAUUCUAAUUUAUAUUCGUAUUAAUGUGUACAUAUAUAUUUUUUUUCAAAUGUUUGAAAUUUUAUGAGGUGCUAGUCAUCCUUGUUUUUAAAGAGAUUUUGUCAUGCAGAAUGACAUCAUAGUUCUGCUAUGCAGAACAUGACAGAGUCUUAAUACGUCUUGAGAGUCUUCAUAUUUUUGUAAUAUAGAAAUAAUUUCACAAUAUCAUGUGUAUAGUCUACCAGCAAAUGGGAAAUAGUUACCCCAUCCUUAAAGGAACAUGUAUUCCUAGCACUAUAGUGUCCUGCUAUCUGUGUGUCCCAUCCACUGUGUGGAGUUUUGAAAGGUGAAAUUCACUUAUCUUAUAGCCCUCCAACACGUCAUCUUGGUUUGUAGUCACAUAAAAUUUCCAUGAUUUUAUCUAUCUUUCCUGGAAGUCUUUGUAGUCUGUCCUGCAAUGCUACACUAUACAUUACAUAGUAAUUUAUGUUGACAAAAGGCAUUCUAUCCAAACAACGGUGACAACCAAACUUUAAAUCAUUACCAACUGUGCGCCGAAAAAGAAUGGAGGUUCCUAUUUUACUUCAAAACAGAGAUAUCUCCUUAAAAAUAAAUAAACUAAAUAAAUAUAUUUAUUGAAGACAUGUUUUAUAGACAACAUACAAAAUACAGAAUCCAGCGCACCCGCUUAUUCACUAAACAAUGAUUUCAAAUCUUAGAGAUUGUAAUAGUUUUAUUUAAAAACACCUCACCUAGGCAAAAAAUAGUUACAUUAUAUGAUCAUAUAUUGCAUAAGCCUGCCACAACGUCAGUGUACCCCAUUCUUGGCAGGGAUGUUUUAUA